UUUUGACAUUUUAUUAUUGAAGUAAAACACAAUUUCACUCAAAUUUCUUAAGAACAAAAAUGGACGAUGACUUGGAUGCAAUUCGUGCCCAGCGUAUGGCACAACUUCAGUCUCAAUAUGGCGGCGGCGGCGGUGGCGGCAACACAGCGGAAAAACAAAAAGCCCAAGAAGAGCAAAUGCGCCAACAAGAAGAGAUGAAACACUCUAUACUCUCUCAGGUUUUGGAUCAACAGGCUAGAGCAAGAUUAAAUACCUUGAAAAUAAGCAAACCCGAAAAAGCGGCAGUCUUUGAGAACAUGGUCUUAAGAAUGGCCCAAACUGGCCAACUGCGGGGUAAAUUAGACGAUGCCCAAUUCGUUAGUAUACUGGAGAGUGUCAAUGCUCAAAUGCCACAGAGCAAAAGCACUGUCAAAUACGAUAGACGUCGUGCUGCCAUUGAUUCAGAUGAUGACGAUGAUUACGGAUGCUGAUUGUUGUUGUGGUUGGUUGAGAAAAUGUUAACAACGUCCUUUUUUAGUUUUAGUUUCAUUUCAUUUGCAAAACUUUUCUAACAUAAUAAAUACACAUACAUAUAAUAAACAA